AGAUUCAAGACAUUUCCGCCCAGUGCUCUACUUGGGAGGUGGAGUCAAAAGUCGUUUUUUCGAAACAAUGCCCUGCUCUCCUUUAAAAAGGCCUGCCAAAAAACCACAGCUACGUUGAUUUUUUGGCAGCCUGUCCAACAACUAAUCUAGUCACCAUGAGUCUUUCUGCAAAGGACAAGUUGGCGGUGAAGACCUUCUUCGGCAAGGUUGCUUCUAAGGCGGAGGACAUUGGCAGCGAGGCUCUGGCCAGGACUCUGUUCGUGUACCCCCAGACGAAGACUUACUUCUCCCACUGGGCAGACCUGAACCCCGGCUCACCUCAGGUGAAAAAACAUGGCCUGACCGUAAUGAACGGUGUCCUCAAUGCCGUCGAGCUGAUGGAUGAUCUUAAGGGCGGUCUGCUCAGCCUCAGCGAGCUUCACGCCUUCAUGCUUCGCGUGGACCCCGCCAACUUUAAGAUCAUCAAUCACAAUCUCCUCGUUGUGCUCUCAAUGAUGUUUCCUGACGACUUCACUGCUGAGGUGCAUGUUUCUGUGGACAAGUUCCUCGCUCAAGUCAGCCUGGCCCUGUCCGAGAAGUACCGAUAAAGUCGACGCUGUAUUCAUCUCCGAUGCGACACUGUAUUCGCCUUAAUGAGGAUGAAAAUAAUAAACUAAAUGUAUAAAAUCAA